AUGCACCAGUUGUUCAGCCAGGUGUUGGGCCAGAGGGAUCUGUCCAGGGCCGGGGAUCUCUUCUCUCUGGAGGAUACAGAGAUAGAGGACUGCCUGUCUCAGGCUCUGGACCAGAUCAAGGCCAUCUCCUGCUCACCGGACUAUCUGACCAAUGAUAAUGACCAAGCAGUGGUGGAGAUUUGUAUAACACGCAUCACCACGGCAAUAAGGGAGACUGGCACCAUUGAGCGUCACAGCGCAGCGCUGGUGGGGCUGUGGGAGUCGUGUCUGGAACACAACCUCACCCCGCAGGGCGAGAACACUGAGGACACCCCACAUGCCAAGAUAGCCUCUGACAUCACCAGCUGUAUACUCCAGAACUACAGUCGUCCUCCGGUCAUGGUGCUGGCUGUCCCAGUUGCAGUGCGCUUCCUGCAGAGAGGGAACAGGGAGCUGAGCAGGAACAUGUCCAGUUACCUCUCUCUGGCUGCUAUAGCCAAGGCAGAUCUGCUGGCUGAGCACACAGAGGCCAUAACACUCAGCGUGCUGGGAGGUAACCACAUGCUGUUACGAGUGCUGCCUUCAGUCUAUCCAAAACAGCCUGAUGCCAUCCACCGUCACCUAGGCAACCUUACUGCGAUGAUGUCACAGCUGGAGUCACCAGAGCAACAACACCUGAUCAGGCUCAUUCAGAUUGUUGCUGAAAAACAUCCACUUAUGCUGAGCCCCCAGGUCCCUUCCCUGGUUAGUUACCUUGGCAACCAUUCCUUAACUGAGGCCUUACUGGGCGCACUGGUUGAUGUGUCACAGGCCAGCCCGUCCUCACUGGUCAGCUUCCUCCCUGCGCUGAGGAUGGUGGGACAGCAGUGUCCUGCCCUUUUGGGUCAUGUGGCAAAGAUCCAUGGAGCAGUGGGCAUUAUCAGUGAGGCUCAUGCUCACAGCUCUCUGGUGUACCUGGUGUCCCUGCUGGGCAGCAUGGAGCACAGUUUUCACCACACGCUGCUGCUGGAGAUCAGAGCGCUGACCGACCGCUUCCCCACCUUACUGGGGGGCUGCGGGAAAGACAUCUACAGGAUGAGCAACUCAUUUACCGCGAUAGCCAGACUGCUGGGCAGACGACUGGAGGAAAGCACAGCUGCUCACGGCAGGGUUGAGGAGGAGCGCCCCCCAUCUCCAUGUGCAUCUGUUCCGGGAGCAGGAGGAAGGGGGUCAGAGCAGCACCUGCAGGUGAAGAUCCAGGCCUUCGAGGAGAAAAUGGGGGAGGAAGGAGGACAAGAGGAGGAGGAGGAGGAGGAGGAGGAGGAGGAGGUGGAUGAAGACUCUCCUGCCCCCCAGCGACGCUAUAGCCUGGGCCAGGCUGCCAGGGAGGAACGGCGGGAGAUGAGGUUCAACAGGUCAAAGAGUCUCGCUCUUCACGCCAUGCGCUCACGCUCCAUCAACUCAGACAAUGGGGAGGAUGGAGAAGGGGAGCUGAGCCCUGACAACGUCCUCUCGGACACCUCGCCUAAUCAGCAGCCGGAACACCAGGAAGCCCCGUCUACGCAGAGGAAAGCGACCGGUGACGUCUGCCUGCCCGUCACCGCUGCCAUGGACAGAGGGGUGAAGGAGGCGGACGUUGAGAAAGGCCACGGGAGAGAGAAGGAUGGAGAGAAGGAGGAGAGGGGUGAACCUGACAGACUGUAUAUCCACUUAAGAGACAAUAUGGAGAAGAUCAGGGAGUUCUGUAGAGACAUGACGCAGCAGAUCCCCAUACCAGAACACUGUGUUAUAGAAGAUUCUAGUCGAGGCUGCGUGGCCAAGCUGUCGUUCUCCUGUCCUCUGAAGGGCCACUACUGUCUGUACACAAAGUCCUGCUUCAGCCUGACCAGCCGGCAGCCUCACCUGUGGAUCCACAUCAUGCUGCUGCACCUGCAGAAUAAGUCCAGUGUUCCUCUGUGCUCCACAGACGAGUGUGUGCAGAGGCUGUGUUCUCUGUGGGAGAAGACCCAGCUCAAAGGAGCUCACAGCUUCCCAAUGGCUAUGACACAGCACACCACCCCACACAGGAAGGACUUGGACAGUUUACAGAUCCAUCUGGAGGAGGUGCGUUUCUUUGACCUGUUUGGCUACAGUGAGGAAGAGGGGGGCUGGCUCUGCUUCAUGUGUAACAACCCUGAGAAAGCCACAGUUGUGAACAAGGAGGGGCAGCCCCUGAUCGAGGGGAAGCUGAAGGAGAAGCAGGUCCGCUGGAAGUUCAUCAAGCGCUGGAAAACCCGUUACUUCACCCUGGCAGGAAACCAGCUCCUCUUCAGGAAAGGCAAAUCAAAAGAUGAGCUGGAUGACAUUCCUAUUGAGCUGAGCAAGGUGCAGAGUGUCAAGGUGGUGGCCAAGAAGCGUCGGGAACGGGGACUGCCGCGGGCCUUUGAGAUCUUCACAGACAAUAAGACAUACGUGCUGAAGGCGCAGGAUGAGAAACACGCUGAGGAGUGGCUGCAGUGCAUCAACGUGGCUGUGGCUCAGGCCAGGGAGAGGGAGAACAGAGAGGCUACCACGUACCUGUGAGAGGACUUCCAGCACAGAUGCCACACAUACCAUGUACAGAAACACACUCCCUUUGUGUUGUU